AUGCCAGCUUCAGUGAUUGAUGGUGCCAUGCCAGCUCCAGGAGCUGAUGCCGCCGCGGGUGCCAUGCCAGCUCCAAAAGCUGAUGUCACCGCGGGUGCCAUGCCAGCUUCAGUGAUUGAUGUCACCACGGGCGCCAUGCCAGCUUCAGUGAUUGAUGUCACCACGGGCGCCAUGCCAGGAACUGAUGUCACCUCAGCUUCAGUGAUUGAUGUCACCACGGGCGCCAUGCCAGCUGCAGUGAUUGAUGUCACCACGGGUGCCAUGCCAGCUCCAAAAGCUGAUGCCACCGCGGGUGCCAUGCCAGCUCCAAAAGCUGAUGUUGCCGCGGGUGCCAUGCCAGCUCCAAGAGUUGAUGUUGCCGCGGGUGCCAUGCCAGCUCCAAAAGCUGAUGUUGCCGCGGGUGCCAUGCCAGCUCCAAGAGUUGAUGUUGCCGCGGGUGCCAUGCCAGCUCCAAAAGCUGAUGCCGCCGCGGGUGCCAUGCCAGCUCCAAGAGUUGAUGUUGCCGCGGGUGCCAUGCCAGCUCCAAAAGCUGAUGCCGCCGCGGGUGCCAUGCCAGCUCCAAGAGCUGAUGUUGCCGCGGGUGCCAUGCCAGCUCCAAAAGCUGAUGCCGCCGCGGGUGCCAUGCCAGCUCCAAAAGCUGAUGUUGCCGCGGGUGCCAUGCCAGCUCCAAAAGCUGAUGCCGCCGCGGGUGCCAUGCCAACUCCAAAAGCUGAUGUUGCUUCGGGUGCCAUGCCAGCUCCAAAAGCUGAUGUUGCCGCGGGUGCCAUGCCAGCUCCAAAAGCUGAUGUUGCCGCGGGUGCCAUGCCAGCUCCAAAAGCUGAUGUUGCCGCGGGUGCCAUGCCAGCUCCAAGAGCUGAUGUUGCCGCGGGUGCCAUGCCAGCUCCAAAAGCUGAUGUUGCCGCGGGUGCCAUGCCAGCUCCAAAAGCUGAUGCCGCCGCGGGUGCCAUGCCAGCUCCAAAAGCUGAUGUUGCCGCGGGUGCCAUGCCAGCUCCAAAAGCUGAUGUUGCCGCGGGUGCCAUGCCAGCUCCAAAAGCUGAUGUUGCCGCGGGUGCCAUGCCAGCUCCAAAAGCUGAUGUUGCCGCGGGUGCCAUGCCAGCUCCAAAAGCUGAUGUUGCCGCCGGGUGCCAUGCCAGCUCCAAAAGCUGA